AUGACGUGUCUCGCGAUGGAUCGCGAGAUAGGAGAAAGUCACCCGUCCACCUGUACUGCUGGAACUGCGGAACCAAAGGACACGAUGGGAAAACCUGCUGGGAAAAGAGCAGAAAAACCCGUUGAAGCCCCAGCCGCUCGGAUCAAAAUCAAAGUUGCGGAAUUGAAGGAAGAAAUUGGAGAAUUCUUAAUCGAUGGAGGUUCAGCAGUGAACCUCGUAGAUUACGAUGCGCUGAGGAAACCUGUGGAAUUCACGACGCGGGAACGCUUGACCAUCACCGGCUUGGCACCGGCGACGGUUCACACAAUAGGCACCGUGAAAAUCCAUAUCAACUCGGCGCCGGCACUUUUCCACGUGUUAAAAAACUUUCCUUUACCAAUCAGCGGUAUAAUUGGAAGCCCUUUCCUUUUACAAGAGGAAGCGGAGAUCUCGUAUCACCAUAAAACAUUGGUGACACAGAAAGAAUGCUUAGCCAUGGUUUACGCUGUGCAGUAUUUCCGACCAUACGUUUACGGAAGGAAGUUUACAUUAGUCACGGAUCAUAGACCAUUGGUUUGGCUUCAUUCAGUAAAGGAUCCAACUUCGAGAUUAGUUAAAUGGAAACUAAAAUUAUUGGAAUACGACUAUAAAGUAAUUCACAAAGCCGGAAAAACCAAUAAGAAUGCAGACGCACUCUCACGCAACCCGACACAAAUCUGCCUACCCCUGAUACCAAGAGAAGAUAAGGACUACAGGCCAAACGCACCACUUAAAUCAGCCGAUGGUACAACAAUAGGACAACGAGUAAAAUCGUUAAGGAGAAAUCGCGCAGACCCCAUGUACGCUGAAUGCAGCAGCUCAGACGAAGCACCUCUCCGCGACACAAUCAUCACUAAGAAGAAACCACCGAGGAGCAUCAGAGAACGCAACACACGUGAUUCCCCGCAGAAUAAAUCAUUGCUACCUUCUCUCAACCGCGAAAAAGACCUUCCAGACGAACAACCGGAAGAGGAAUUAAUUCCAAUAGCUCGAUCAACGCCGAUCAACUCGCCAAACCUGAAUAAAUCGAUUCUAUCGUACACCAUGAACGACGGACCACCCAUCGCAGGAGAUCUGAUCUCAUUCGAAGAAGACAAUGCCAAUUCCACAUUGAAGCCAACAGAAAUUACAGUAUUGGAAACACCUGCACCCGCUAUCAGCCUACCUGCACCGCUCAGACCGUCGUUAAGUGACCAGGCGCCACUGACACCUCAGGUAGCGCCGUCGCCGACACCACCUGAGGAAAAUAGCCAACCCUUUCGACCGCACGACUCCAUCGCUAUCUUCGAGGAAUCAUCGGAUGAAACGGACCACCCCAAGGACAACGACUCGUUAUUUAUCACACCGCCAGAAAAGGACCGCUACCGACCACAAACCAACGAAUCCUUGGAACGAAGUAACAUCGUCCUUACGGAGUACCUAAAACAUUACCUGAAUACUUACGAGGAUUGGGAUUUGCUGAUCCCGUUCGCAGUGUUCUCCUAUAACACAUCCAUACACGAAGCAACAAAACAUACACCAUACGAAUUAAUAUUUGGAAGACCAGCCCGGAUACCAUCAUCAUUCCCCAACGACAAAAACUUGCAAACCUAUGACUCCUACGUCAGAGAAUUAACCUCAAGAUUAACAGAAAUCAGAAAGAUAGCAGCAGUAAAUCUGAAUCAAGCGAAGGAACGCUCCAAACGAUAUUACGAUCGACGCUUAAGGCCCAAGGAAUUCAAAAUAGGACAGUACGUUUACGUACAGAAGGAACCUCGGAUACACAAAUUCGAUCCACACUACAUCGGACCAUACAGAAUAAUAGACAAGACAAACAACCAUAACGUCGUUCUGCAAACGGACACACAUAAAAUAAUAACUAAACACGAGGACAAGCUGAAACAGGCAUAUUUAUCAAAAGACUCUUCGGAUACGGAUUAA